GGUCCUGGCGCGCAGGGUGGGAGCGCCGCGCCGCUCCGCGCUGCGCAUCGCGGCCCGCUUGCCGCCUGCCCCCUGCCCUCGCUGGGCCGCCUCCCCCGGCUGCCGGUGGAGGGCUCCGAGGCGCUAACGUUACGCUGUUUCCGGUUUUCUAGCGGGCUCUGUUUCCCCUCCCAAGGCGGCGGCGGCGGAGCGGCGGAGCCCCCCAAAUGGCCUGGCCAGAUGCGGCAGGUUUGCUGCUCAGCGCUGCCGCCGCCGCCACUGGAGAAGGCUCGGUGCAGCAGCUACAGCGACAGCAGCAGCAGCGGCGGCAGCAGCGAGAGGAGCAGCAGCGGCAGCAGCAGCGGCAGCAGGAGCAGCAGCGGCAGCAGCGGCGGCAGCAUCUCCCGUACCGCUGCGCCCCCAGAGCCGCGGCCGCCGCAACAGCCGCAGCCCCGCAGCUCCGCAGCCCGGAGAGCCGCCGCCCGCUCUCGAGCUGCAGCCGCCGGCGGCAUGAGGCGCGACCCGGCCCCCGGCUUCUCCAUGCUGCUCUUCGGUGUGUCGCUCGCCUGCUACUCGCCUAGCCUCAAGUCGGUGCAGGACCAGGCGUACAAGGCACCGGUGGUGGUGGAGGGCAAGGUACAGGGGCUGGCCCCAGCCGGCGGCUCCAGCUCCAACAGCACCCGCGAGCCGCCCGCCUCGGGUCGGGUGGCGCUGGUGAAGGUGCUGGACAAGUGGCCGCUCCGGAGCGGGGGGCUGCAGCGCGAGCAGGUGAUCAGCGUGGGCUCCUGUGCGCCGCUCGAAAGGAACCAGCGCUACAUCUUUUUCCUGGAGCCCACGGAGCAGCCCUUAGUCUUUAAGACGGCCUUUGCCCCCAUCGACACCAACGGCAAAAACCUCAAGAAAGAGGUGGGCAAGAUCCUGUGCACUGACUGCGCCACCCGGCCCAAGCUGAAGAAGAUGAAGAGCCAGACGGGACAGGUGGGUGAGAAGCAGUCACUGAAGUGCGAGGCAGCGGCGGGCAACCCUCAGCCCUCCUACCGCUGGUUCAAGGACGGCAAGGAGCUCAACCGCAGCCGUGACAUUCGCAUCAAGUACGGCAACGGCAGAAAGAACUCACGACUCCAGUUCAACAAGGUGAAGGUGGAGGACGCUGGGGAGUACGUCUGUGAGGCCGAGAACAUCCUGGGGAAGGACACAGUCCGGGGCCGGCUCCACGUCAACAGCGUGAGUACCACUCUGUCAUCCUGGUCGGGGCACGCCCGGAAGUGCAACGAGACAGCCAAGUCCUAUUGUGUCAAUGGAGGUGUCUGCUACUACAUCGAGGGCAUCAACCAGCUCUCCUGCAAAUGUCCAAACGGAUUCUUCGGACAGAGAUGUUUGGAGAAACUGCCUUUGCGAUUGUACAUGCCAGAUCCUAAGCAAAAAGCCGAGGAGCUGUACCAGAAGAGGGUCCUGACUAUCACCGGCAUCUGCGUGGCUCUGCUGGUGGUGGGCAUUGUCUGCGUGGUCGCCUACUGCAAGACCAAAAAACAGCGGAAGCAGAUGCACAACCACCUCCGGCAGAACAUGUGCCCAGCCCACCAGAACCGGAGCUUGGCCAAUGGGCCCAGCCACCCCCGGCUGGACCCCGAGGAGAUCCAGAUGGCAGAUUACAUCUCCAAGAACGUGCCAGCCACGGACCAUGUCAUCCGGAGGGAAACCGAGACCACCUUCUCUGGGAGCCGCUCCUGCUCUCCUUCUCACCACUGUUCCACAGCCACACCCACCUCCAGCCACAGGCAUGAGAGCCACACAUGGAGCCUGGAACGUUCUGAAAGCCUGACCUCCGACUCGCAGUCAGGCAUCAUGCUGUCAUCAGUGGGUACCAGCAAGUGCAACAGCCCGGCGUGCGUGGAGGCCCGGGCGCGGCGGGCAGCAGCCUACAACCUGGAGGAGCGGCGCAGGGCCGCCGUGCCACCUUACCAUGACUCCGUAGACUCCCUGCGUGACUCCCCACACAGCGAGAGGUACGUGUCGGCACUGACCACGCCCGCGCGCCUCUCUCCCGUGGACUUCCACUACUCGCUGGCCACGCAGGUGCCGACUUUUGAGAUCACGUCUCCCAACUCGGCGCACGCAGUGUCGCUGCCGCCGGCCGCGCCCAUCAACUACCGCCUGGCGGAGCAGCAGCCGCUACUGCGGCAGCCGGCGCCCCCCGGCCCGGGGCCCGGGCCCGGCGCGGACAUGCAGCGCAGCUACGACAGUUACUACUACCCCGCGGCGGGCCCGGGGCCGCGGCGCGGAGCCUGCGCGCUGGGCGGCAGCCUGGGCAGCCUGCCCGCCAGCCCCUUCCGCAUCCCCGAGGACGACGAGUACGAGACCACGCAGGAGUGCGCGCCCCCGCCCCCGUCGCGGCCGCGCGCCCGCGGCGCGUCCCGCAGGACGUCGGCGGGGCCCCGGCGCUGGCGCCGCUCGCGCCUCAACGGGCUGGCGGCGCAGCGCGCACGCGUGGCGCGGGACUCGCUGUCGCUGAGCAGCGGCUCGGGUGGCGGCUCGGCCUCUGCCUCGGACGACGACGCGGACGGGGCGCUGGCGGCCGAGAGCACGCCUUUCCUCGGCCUGCGUGCGGCGCACGAUGCGCUGCGCUCGGACUCGCCGCCUCUGUGCCCGGCGGCCGACAGCAGGACUUACUACUCCCUGGACAGCCACAGCACGCGGGCCAGCAGCAGACACAGCCGCGGGCCGCCCCCGCGGGGCAAGCAGGACUCGGCGCCCCUCUAGGGGUCCCCGCCGCCCGCCGCCCCCUCCGCCUCGCCUGCCCCACUGUCUUUAAGGAGAACAGAGACCACCGCCUGGAGAGAGAAAGGAGGAAAAAAAUAAAAAUAUUUUUAUUUUCUAUAAAAGGAAAAAGGUAUAACAAAAUGUUUUAUUUUCAUUUUAGCAAAAAUUGUCUUAUAAUACUAGCUAACGGCAAAGACGUUUUUAUAGGGAAACUAUUUAUAUGUAACAUCCUGAUUUACAGCUUCGG